AUGGAACCAUCACUAUUAAUAAUUGCUGGUAUUAUUCCUUUAGAUAAUGAAGAGCAAGAGGAUGAAAUUAAUGAGGAAAUUCUUGAUUCUUUGGAUCAAAUUGAAGAGGAAGAUGUUAUUGUAAGUAGAAUGGAACGCCAUUUUGGUUCAGCUUUGGCGGAAAGAGUCUUUUCUAUGCUAGAAAAUCAAAAAAUUAAUGCCAACAAUUCUGAAGUUGAUGAAUCCUAUGGAAUUGGAACUUCAAAUAAUAUGGUUAAAGAACAACGAAAUAGUCUAACCAAUAUUCACGGGUGGAAUGAUUUAAAACGUCGCAUUAGUAAAAUUCCCAAAAAUUUGAAAGAUCGUUUCGAAUCGUAG